GAAAGCUAAGGCCUCUGAAGACCUGGAAUCCCCAGGUUUCGGCAGAGCGUGAGGGGUGUAUGGUGCCGAGGUGCAAGAAGAAGGAAGGACAGUAAAGAGCCGGUGAACAAGAGGCUCUCCGAGGCCGGAGACCUGAGCUCUCGGGGCGCGCGGUGGGGAGCGCGGCCGAACACACCGGGCGGCUUCUGGUGGCAACUGUGGGUUUUCCUGUCACAGGAAGUUGGGCCCGGCCGCUGGGAAGGAGAAGGGAAGGAAGAAUGAGAAAGCGGUGAUGGGCCCCCGCCCCCCAGGUGACUGUCCCACCCAGUGAGUUGAAUGUAGCGGCCCGGGACGCGCUCGGCCGCCCGCUCGGGUGAGACCGCCGGUUUCCUUAGGGGAAACGAGGAGGAGCAAGAGCCAGACUGCAGCGAGAGAAAAGAAGAGACGUGGGAGGCCGAGCUGUCUCCACAUCUAGCUUCUCCAGCAAUGGGAAAUCCAGAAAACACAGAAGAUGCAUACGUUGCUGUUAUUCGUCCAAAGAAUACUGCCAGUCUCAAUUCUCGGGAAUACAGAGCUAAGUCAUAUGAAAUUUUGUUGCAUGAAGUUCCCAUUGAAGGACAGAAAAAAAAGAGAAAGAAAGUUUUGUUGGAAACUAAACUUCAAGGCAGCAGUGAAAUAACACAAGGCAUAUUGGAUUAUGUAGUAGAAACCACCAAACCAAUUUCUCCUGCAAACCAGGGUAUCAGAGGAAAACGAGUGGUACUGAUGAAGAAAUUUCCUCUGGAUGGGGAGAAGAUGGGCAGAGAAGCGGCAUUAUUUAUUGUUCCAUCAGUUGUCAAAGAUAAUACUAAAUAUACAUAUACUCCAGGAUGCCCAAUUUUUUACUGCUUACAAGAUAUUAUGCGAGUCUGUAGUGAAUCCAGCACUCACUUUGCUACACUUACAGCAAGGAUGUUGAUAGCCUUGGAUAAGUGGUUAGAUGAACGUCACGCACAGUCUCACUUCAUUCCAGCUUUAUUCCGACCCUCUCCUCUUGAGCGGAUAAAAACUAAUGUCAUAAACCCUGCAUAUGCCACUGAAUCAGGUCAGACAGAAAAUUCGCUACAUAUGGGCUAUAGUGCAUUAGAAAUAAAGAGUAAAAUGUUAGCCCUGGAGAAAGCCGAUACCUGUAUUUACAACCCUUUGUUUGGAUCAGAUCUUCAGUAUACAAACCGGGUAGAUAAAGUGGUAAUAAAUCCAUACUUUGGUCUAGGAGCUCCAGACUACUCAAAAAUCCAAAUUCCCAAACAGGAAAAAUGGCAGAGAAGUAUGAGCAGUGUCACAGAAGACAAGGAACGACAGUGGGUAGAUGAUUUUCCUCUCCAUCGAAGUGCCUGUGAAGGAGAUUCAGAAUUAUUAAGCCGUCUUCUCAAUGAAAGAUUUUCAGUCAACCAAUUAGAUAGUGACCACUGGGCACCUAUUCAUUAUGCAUGCUGGUAUGGAAAAGUUGAGGCCACUCGCAUAUUAUUAGAGAAAGGAAAGUGCAAUCCAAACCUUUUAAAUGGGCAGCUUAGUUCUCCUCUUCAUUUUGCUGCUGGAGGAGGCCAUGCUGAAAUAGUACAGAUUCUCCUAAACCAUCCAGAAGUUGACAGACACAUAACAGACCAACAAGGAAGAUCCCCUUUAAAUAUUUGUGAAGAAAACAAACAAAAUAAUUGGGAAGAAGCUGCAAAAUUAUUGAAGGAAGCCAUUAACAAACCAUAUGAAAAAGUUCGAAUAUACAGAAUGGAUGGGUCAUACCGUUCUGUCGAACUGAAACAUGGAAAUAAUACCACAGUGCAGCAGAUAAUGGAAGGAAUGCGUCUCUCUCAAGAAACACAACAAUAUUUCACUAUUUGGAUCUGUUCAGAAAACCUCAGCCUUCAACUCAAGCCUUAUCAUAAACCCUUGCAACAUGUUCGUGACUGGCCAGAAAUACUUGCUGAAUUGACUAAUUUGGAUCCUCAAAGGGAAACACCACAGCUUUUCCUAAGAAGAGAUGUGAGACUUCCUUUGGAAGUUGAAAAAAAGAUUGAAGACCCACUAGCUAUUCUUAUUCUCUUCGACGAAGCCAGAUAUAAUUUAUUGAAGGGCUUUUAUACAGCUCCUGAUGCCAAACUAAUAACAUUGGCAAGUCUACUGUUGCAAAUAGUUUAUGGAAAUUAUGAGAGUAAGAAACACAAGCAAGGUUUCCUAAAUGAAGAAAAUCUAAAAUCUAUUGUACCUGUUACCAAAUUGAAAAGUAAGGCACCUCACUGGACAAACCGAAUACUUCAUGAAUACAAGAAUCUUAGUACAAGUGAGGGUGUCAGUAAAGAAAUGCAUCACCUUCAGCGCAUGUUCUUACAGAAUUGUUGGGAAAUUCCUACAUACGGAGCAGCUUUUUUCACAGGACAGAUAUUUACAAAGGCAAGCCCCAGCAAUCAUAAAGUCAUCCCUGUGUAUGUAGGAGUGAAUAUAAAAGGACUUCAUCUCCUAAACAUGGAAACUAAGGCUUUACUUCUCAGCCUUAAGUAUGGUUGUUUUAUGUGGCAAUUGGGAGAUGCUGAUACGUGUUUUCAGAUCCACAGUAUGGAAAAUAAAAUGAGCUUUAUAGUACACACAAAACAGACGAAGAAACAGAGUUAAGCAGCUGGCCAAAGAGAACACUAGCUAAUAAGUGGUGGAACUCAGAUUCAUAUCCAGGCAGUCUGGCUCCAGAGUAUAAGUGACUCAGAAACCUGAUGUAUGGUUGUAAUAAAACAUAACAAGAUACUUGUUUUCUAUCUUUUAAAAAGCUUAGAAGUCAGACUUCCUAACAGUGAUGUAAAUGUUUUUAUUUCCCUAUUUUGUAUAACUUUGAAUGCAAUUGUAUGUGGAGAGGUGGUGUUACUUGUCUAAGGUCAAAAAGCAGUAAGUGGUCGAGUCAGAAUUCAAAAUCUGGCAGUCCAGCUUCUGAAUUUAGUCACUCAGGUAAAGAAGAGGUAGCUGGAGAGGGUUUUUUUCUUUAAAAGAAGGACCAAAUCUUGAAGGAUGUUCCGAUGUUGUGUUCACUGCUAGUGAGGAGCCAUUGGAGCCUUUGGGACUUGACUAGCUCAGAUUUGUGUGUUGAGAGAUCACCCUGGGCCAGGGUACAGAAGGGCUCAAAGGAGUCUGAGCGAGAAGAUAUAAGGCCAUGGGAAGAAAUGGAUUACUGUUUUGACAGAACCCAGUGACCUUUUGAAUAUGAGAAAUAGGAAGAGAUAGGUGUCACAAAUAAUUCCCCUCUCUCUGUCAUGGGCAAUGGGAAAAUGGUACCAUAUACUGCCUAGGAUAGGGAAUGGAGGAGGAGGAUUUGAAGAAAUGUGUUGAGUUACUGGUUCCUAAGGGACAUGCAGGUGGAAACGUCCCAGCCCUGAAACUCAGAAAGCUCUGCAGGAGAUAGCAAUUAAAACUCCAGGAACAGAUUGACAGCCACUCAGGAAGAUAGCAGAGUGAGAAGCAAGCCAAAGAAUGCCAACAUUUGAGAAAUGGGUAAAGGUAGACCAAUCCACAAAUCAUCUUGUUAGGCCAGCGGAUGUCAGUAUGGGAAAGAAAUGGCUUGGUACUAUCGUGCAUACCGUGUAUUCAGUAAAUUUCAUAUGGUAAAUAUGAAUUAGUAAAAGAAUCCUUAAUAGUAGUAAAUAGUAAAAGAAUCCUUAAUAUCACUAGAGAAAACCACUAUUUUAGUGGCAGAGAUCACAUUCAUUUAUGGCUAUUUUUAAAAUAGAUAUCAUGAGAGAUAGAUAUUUAAAAUGCUUUAAAUGUACACAAUAAAAAGGAAAGAAAAGAAUCAGGGAAUUUAGAGCAACUGUAAUUCAUACAUGGCUAAUAGGAAUGCAAAAUGGCACAACCAUUUUGGAAAACAGUUUGGUAGUUUCUUGUAAGUUAAGUAUAUACCUACUGUGGGAUCCAGUCAUUCCAUUCCUAGGUAUUUAUCCAAGAAACAAAAACAAGUUUACACAAAAAUCUGUAUGCAAAUGUUUAUAGGAUGCAUUUUCGAUUUUUUCAUAAUUCAUAAUGAAAUGUAACUACUCAUAACUGCCUGAAACUGUAAGUACCCCAAAUAUCCUUCACUGGGUGAGUGAAUAAACAAACUCAGAUACCUCUAUACAAUGGAAUACUACUUGGUGACAAAAAAGAAUAAACUAUUGAUGAGCAAUGUG